ACAACUUUAUGCGCCAUCGCUCCAAACGCCUCUGAUUCCAGCUCUUCGACUCCCACGCUCACGCCGCCAACAUAGGUCGACGACGCCGCAACCGCAACAAGCUAGGGCCCCGCGUCCCGCGUUGGGUUGCUCUCAGAAUGGGGCAGGAGGAAUCAUCUCUCGCCGAUGGCCCGCCUCAGACUCUCACUGACCGGAGUCUCCCCGCCGUCGCCGAGUACAUCAAGAGCGGAGAGGCCAAGAGAAUCGUUGUCUUGACUGGCGCGGGAAUUUCUACGUCUGCUGGAAUCCCUGACUUUCGAUCGCCCAAGACUGGCCUCUACAACAACCUUGCGCGCCUCAACCUACCCUACGCCGAAGCCGUGUUCGAUAUCUCCUACUUCCGCAAACAUCCCGAACCCUUCUACGUCCUUGCAAAGGAGCUCUACCCCGGAAAGUUUCACCCCACCGUGUCUCAUGCCUUCAUUGCGCUCCUCGCCCGCAAGGGGCUUCUCCAGAUGCUGUUCACCCAGAACAUCGACUGUCUUGAACGUGCAGCUGGAGUCCCAUCGGAAAAGAUCAUCGAGGCGCAUGGUAGCUUCGCAACACAGCGUUGCAUUGAAUGCAAGACAGAGUAUCUGGAUGACAAGAUAAGGGAACACGUUUACAACGGGGAGGUCCCUCAUUGUGACGAGACGGACUGUGGCGGACUUGUCAAGCCAGACAUUGUCUUCUUUGGCGAGCCUCUCCCCAAGAUCUUUGACAACAACACCUACCAGGCGGCCAUGGCGGACCUGGUGUUGAUUAUCGGGACGAGCUUGAGCGUCUACCCUUUUGCGGGUCUCCCGGAGAUGACUAUGCCAGGAAAACCUCGAGUUCUCUUCAACAUGCAACGAGUGGGUCAGAUUGGAAAUAGGGCGGACGACGUCACAGAGCUUGGCUCCUGUGAUGCCGGUAUUCGAAAGCUUGCCGAUGAGCUUGGUUGGCGAGAUGAGCUAGAGCAGUUGUGGAGAGAAGUCGUUGGAGAGAAAGAGGCAGAGAGACAACUGGGCGACCAGGCUGAAGCUGAGGAGAGACUUGAGGACGAAGUGGAGAAGCUAGCAGCCGAGGUCGAGUCCGUCCUGAUUUUCAAGGACGAUGGCAGCUACAAUGACGCGAAGGUAGAGGAGGGGCAUGUCGCUCGGAUGGCAGCUGUUCUGGAUCCUGCGAAGCCGGCGAGCGCCCCCGAAGUCAAAAACGCCAAAACAGACGACGAGAAGACCGAAAAGGGCGAAAAGGGGGAUGCGAAACACAACACCGACCAGCUCGAGGCGAUAAGCUCACCGCCGCCCCCCACAGAUUCGAACGAAGCCGCCCCCAAGGAGUCGGAGCAACCUCAACAUUCUGACAUCAGAAUUGUGGGAGAGGUGACGCGUGGCGCCAAUCAAACCUCUGGAGAAGCGGCUGACUAGGGCGCGCACUAUUGAGACUAUUGAACACGUUGACACAGGUGGCGGGAGGGUUACAUGCCGUUGCUUUUUGGGGCUGUAAAUAGGGCUUUCAGAUAGGUCACCGUACCACUGCACCAUGCGUCCGAGACAUGAUAGAGGCCAAGGGAUCAGCGAGAAGCUGCUUAGUUGGGCUUUCAUCACAUGCAAGAGGACGACGCUAUGAUACGCGAGAGUGCCGAUCGAUGCAGCUACAACACCAGCGUCGCACAAGAGCUUCGUUAGAAUCACAUCAUAACGUAACGCAGCACAUGAAGUUAUGACCAACGAUAAUUAAUCCAAUU